UUUUUUUAUUAUCCCGCGGCGUUUCUCUUAACAGGGGAAACGUUUAACCGAGAUUGCGAUGGGUCGUGUUAUGUGCAUGGAAAUGUGCUUACGUCAAUCCAGGGAAUAUCCGACGACACCAAACCCUCGGAGUGAAAACGCUCUUCCGAGAUGCAAUGGGUCGUGCGAUGUGGAUGGACAAGGGAUUCUCCCAAUCCCAGGGAUGCCCCACGACACCAAAGCCGUGGCGGCGUUUCUCUUAAUGCAGGGGAAACGUUUAACCGAGAUUGCGAUGGGUCGUGUUAUGUGCAUGGAAACGUGCUUACGUUUAUCCAGGGAAUAUCCGAUGACACGAAACCCUCGGAGUGAAAACGCUCUUCCGAGAUGCAAUGGGUUGUGCGAUGUGGAUGGACAAGGGAUUCUCCCAAUCCCAGGGAUGCCCCACGACACCAAAGCCGUGGCGGCGUUUCUCUUAAUACAGGGGAAACGUUUAACCGAGAUUGCGAUGGGUCGUGUUAUGUGCAUGGAAACGUGCUUACGUCAAUCCAGGGAAUAUCCGACGAUAUCCUAAUCCCAC